UGAUCAAUGGGAAGCGUGGGCAAUAUGUUAACCACAAAGACACAUAUUAAUAGCAGUGGGGUAUAAAUCAAGAAGAAUUUCCCCAACUGAUAGUUAAACCUCAUAACUAUACACACACCCCACCACCACCACCACCACCAAUCAUGGCCUCCUCUCCGCCGCUCACCUCCGCCUCCCUCCUCCUCCUCGCCGCCGCCGUCGCCCUCCACCUCCCCGCAGCGGCCUCCCAAGCAUGCAAAUCCCAAACAUUCUCCACCGCCAAAUUCGCCAACUGCACGGACCUCCCCACCCUCAACGCCUCCCUCCACUGGACCUACGACGCCGCCGCGAGGCCCGGCCCGAAGCUGAGCAUCGCGUACGUCGCCCCUCCGGCCCGGCCCGACGGCUGGAUCGCGUGGGCCCUCAACCCCACGAGCUCCGGCAUGCUCGGCGCCCAGGCGCUCGUCGCCUUCGGCGAUGGCGACGGCGCCGGGGCCGUCGCCGUGAAGACGUACAACAUCUCCUCCUAUGGCCCCAUCGCCGAGUCGGAGAUCGCCUACGCCGUCACGGGCAGGCGGGCGGAGCGCUCCGGCGGCGUCAUCAGGCUGUUCGCCACGCUGGCGCUGCCGGCGGGGAGCUCCGGCGCGGCGGCGGUCAAUCAGGUGUGGCAGGUCGGUGCGGCGGUGAGGGGCGGCGUGCCGGUGAAGCAUGAUUUCUUGCCGGAGAAUCUGAAGUCGAUGGGCUCUUUGCUGCUGACGUCGGCGGAGGAUGGUAGUCCGGCGCCGGCGCCGGAGAGCGGCGGCGGCGGGAAUACCCCCAGCAUUCCGAGAGGGAAUAACUUGGGUGGUAGUGGGAGGAAUUAUGGUGGUGGCUUUUUUGGGGUGUAUGGAGUUUUGGUGCUACUAUGUGUAUUUUUGGGUUUUUGAAAAUCUCGAAUUUAAUUUCAAUUUACCAUUGUUGUUAGAGAAAUUAUUAGUUUGGACGAAAUUGUUGGUGAUUACUGAUUACUGCAAGAUUUUUUUAGUAUUCAACUAACUUUUGUUGGUA